CAUUAAAUAUGGGAUUUUAAUAUUUUUCAUAUCUGAAGUUCGAAAAUAUUCUCUAAUACGAAAUACCAUUACUGAGAACUUGUUAAGUAUAUUAAAUAAAUCGCAUUGAAAGAAUUCAGUGUAUCACGAUGUUCCAUACUUACGUGGCAUUUCUACUUCUAUUUUUAGGGCCUUAUAAUGUUCAUGGAUUUGUAAAGUCAAAUCAACAUGAUAAAGUUGUUACUUGUUACGUUGCAUCUUGGGCGGCUUAUAGAUCAGGAAAUGGUGCAUUUUCCUUAGAAAAUCUUCAUCCAAAAUAUUGCACGCACUUAAUUUACGCAUUUGCUGGUUUAAAUGCCUCAGAUUGGACAAUUAGAAGUAUUGAUCCUUGGGGAGAUAUAGAGAAAGAUGGAAUUGGCAAUUAUAGAAAAAUGACAAUGCUUCGUAAGCAAGGUUUGAAAGUAUUACUUGGUAUCGGUGGAUGGAACGAAGGCAGCACAAAUUAUUCGAUGAUGGCUUCAUCAUCGGAUAACAGAAAAACCUUUAUCGCCAGCACUGUUAAGUUUCUCAGAACAUAUGACUUCGACGGACUGGAUCUUGAUUGGGAAUUUCCUGGAAAUCGCGGUGGUGCUGCGUAUGAUAAGCAAAAUUUUGUUAGUCUCGUACAGGAAUUGCGAGAUGCUUUUAAACAUUAUCGCUUCUUGUUGACGGCAGCUAUAAGCGCGAACAAAGAUAUUAUUAAUACGGGGUAUGAUAUUCCUGAAAUUUCCAAAUAUCUCGAUUAUAUUCACGUCAUGGCAUACGAUUACCAUGGAGCAUGGAAUAAACAGGUUCUUCCAAAUACACCACUGCGAAGCAAAGAUAAAUUAAGUGUGGAAGAUACUAUUAUGUAUUUGCUGCAAGAAGGGGCACCAGCUGAGAAAUUAGUCUUGGGACUAGCAAUGUACGGAAGAACUUUCGUUCUUACAUCCGUACCAGAAACACCAAAAAUAAAUCCAAUUGGUCUGCCCAGUCUACAUAUUGGAUUCAAAGGACCUUAUACAUCUGAAGAUGGUUUCAUGGGAUUCAAUGAGAUUUGCGAAGCAUUGAUAUUACAUCCGCAAGAUUGGACAACUGGAUGGGAUAAUUACAGCAGCACAGCUUAUGCGAUUAAAAAAGAUCACGUUGUGGUUUAUGAUGAUCGCAAAGCAAUUAUGAUGAAGGUGGAAUAUGCAAAAAGACAGAAAUUGGCAGGUGUUAUGAUAUGGAGCAUUGACACGGAUGAUUUUCGAGGGAAAUGUUCAUUGCAGAGUUAUCCUCUAAUGAAAUCGAUUAAUAUAGUUUUGGCAAAUAACACGGUACCACACGAAGAGAAGAAAGAACCAAACUCAUCGUCUGUGCAAUUACCCUCAAAUAUUGUAUUUGCGCUAUCAAUCAUGAUAAUUUCUUUUUCUGUUUAUGAAAAUAUCUAUCUUUAUUAUAAAGAAUUAGGCGCUUCGAAUACAGGUUCCAUCACUUCCAUCUAA